UUUCCUGAGAGAAAGUUGUCUCCAUCUACACACAUCUUUCUCUUCCUAGUCUCUGUAUCCCACAGUGAAUCUUGAUGACCCUCUCCCCUGGGGAUUGGAUCAACCCAAGAAGAGACUCAAAUGAACUGACCUGGGGUUCCCCCAUGAAGUAAAGUGGCCAGGUCACUCUACAAUGAGGGUCUAUGCUGAUAAGCCCCCACCAAGCACAUGAGCCCCCAACAGGAUGUGUAGUGUUCUCCUUUUAAAUAUGAGCAGCCAGCCAAGGAUCCCAGGACAUCUGAGGAAAGCCGCUCACAACCACAAAAGUGAAGACCAAAACAAAUGAAAACAGAACUUGUGAGAAAGAGACACUGUAAGGAGAGAUGAAAACUUCAAAUACUGCCACUACUCCAGGUGCCUGGCUGGUUCAGCUGUACAGUGUGUGACUCAGGGUCAUUAGUUUGAGCUUUGCACUGGGCACAGAGAUUACUUAAAUGUUUUUUAAAUGAUUGAAAAAAGGGAAAGAAAAUUAAAACUGCAACUAUCCCCAGAGAGAUAAAAUACUCUUUCCAUAAAAAUGAAAUAGGGUGUUAAAUUAAAAGAAAAUGUUAUUAAGAGAAAAAGAAAGCUGCUGUAUAUAAAAGUAGAAUAGCAGAAACCAAACUCCCCACACAAAGGUUGGCAGAUACUUGAGACACGAGUCCAUGGAACAGAAGGAAAAAGACAAAGAGAUGGAAAAUAGGAAAAGAAUGGAAAACAAGGAGGAUCUGUCCAAGAGAGACAAUGAUGAACAUGAAGAAGAGAAUGUUGGCAAAGAAGGCAGGAACAUUCCCAGGACUGAGAAUCACAAGUUUCAGAUCAAACAGAUCCAGUAAGUGACCCUGGCACGUGAGAGAAGAGACCCAUAUCAAGACCUAUCACACCUUGAAAUUCACAGGGAAGCCCUCUAUGCUGCGGGUUUCAUGGAAAGGAUCAGGAAUCAAAGUGGCAUUCAAGCUCCCAAGAAUAGCAAUGGAGGCUGGAAGAAAGAUGGAGCCAUGCUUCCAGAGUCCUAAAGAAAAUAAGAUUCUCAGCCAAGAAUUUUAUACCCAGCUCAACCAUCUUGUCCACUUUUUACAUAGAAAAGAUGUGUUUUCAGGCAUGCACAUUUCACAAAAUCUACCAGAUAGCCUCUGAAAAAGAUGUCUUGAAGAAGCUGAAAUCACAGAAUAUGCAGCAUGUUUGGGCAUGCACACAUCACAAAAUCUACCAGAUAGCCUCUGAAAAAGAUAUCUCCAAGAAGCUGAAAUCACAGUAUAUGCCGCAUGUUUGAACAUCUCAAAGAGGAUAUACAGAUGAUUUAGGGAGGGCUUGAGUCUGAAUCUGUAAUAAGUAUGUAAAAAACAGCAACAAUAAAAUUCUGUAGAAAAAGAAAGGAAUCCUACCCUGUCGUGGAGUUUGGCUGGGUAUGACUUUAACACGGUCCCAAUACCGCCAGUCCUGGAUAUCACUCUAGCUGGAUUAUGCUUCCACUUUAGGGUGGAGGGGGCUGGGCAGUUGUAUGCUGGAGUGGUGGGGUGAUGGUGAGGAGCUGACUUCCCACCCUCCAUGGUGAGAGGGGACACAUUGCUGGAGCCCCCAAUGCUCAAGAAGGAGCCAGACAAACAUUCCAUUGGACAUGCAAGAGGCACGGUGUUGCCUUGGCUGGUCAGGAAGGUGCUGUGCACAAGUGGGUGUGGGAGCGAGUCUCAGAGACUCUUGGACUCCUCAAGGUAUAAGCAUAUGUAAUUUUGAUAAAAGUCGACCUGAAGACACCGAAGAGGUCUGUCCUCUGGAGAAGAGAAGAAGAGAAGAACAUAGAUAUGAGAUGGAAAUGAACUGGGGGAAGGGAUGCCAGAUAGUACUGACGCCCAGAAAGGGCCAGUAUGAGAGGGACACGUAAAAGAAACAGGAGAGAGGCAGGGUUUGGAUGUAGAGCCCACUGUACACCGGCCAACAGGAGUAUAAUGGGACUCACGCACUUGGCUGUACACUUCCCUGUAGCCACAAUGAAGGAGGAAACGGGUGGUAUUAGCUUUAACAUUAAAUUUUAUCAAGGCGGAUCUACCAACCAUCAUGGUAUCAUUGCAGUAGUGAUCACCAUCACUAUUGAACUGGUGAAGGAAGUAGUUUACAUCCUCUUGCCUGAGGAUCUCCAGGGCUCAUGGGUGGCAGGCAUCCACCACAGUGGUCCAAGCAACGGUGGACAGGUAGGUUUGAGUUACACGCCCCUUCUCCCCCAACCCCACCCCUUCCCUCCAAUAGAAAAGGGAAAAAAUGUAUCCCUCAGCUGUUGGCCCUCAGGGCCCCAGAGUCCCCCCACCUCGUCCCUCCACACUACCUGCCUCCUCUUGGAAUUCCCGUCCAGCCCCAUAAACCCAGCUUCCCAGACCCUGAAUGUGGGCUGCUCAAGCCACUCCCAUUAGUCAUGCUCAGGUACUGGUCAGCCCCUGGCCUUGCCACAUGUCCUCUGGGCUGUGGUGUCAGGCUCUCCCAGUCAGCAUUAAUGUCCACCCUCCUGCAUGCCCAGACCAGACCAUCAGUUACUGUCACUGUCCCUUCCUUCCUUCACGCAGUCGUACAGGCUGCCUGUAUAGACCCAGCCAGGAGACAGGGGAGGCUCCCAGGCCCUGCCCUCCAGGGAUCUGGGGUCAGCCAGGGUGCAAACCCACAAGAGCACCUGCACCACAGAGAAGAGGCGGCACCGGGAACCCGCAAAGGGCCUUUAUGGAGGAGACAGGCCAUCGCCAGCCACAUGCAUCUCAAGUGCAAGUGCCACGGGCUGUCGGGCAGCUGUGAGGUGAAGACCUGCUGGUGGUCGCAGCCCGACUUCCGUGCCAUCGGCGACUUCCUCAAGGACAAGUACGACAGCGCCUCGGAGAUGGUCGUGGAGAAGCACCGCGAGUCGCGCGGCUGGGUGGAAACCCUGCGGCCGCGCUACACCUACUUCAAGGUGCCCACGGAGCGCGAUCUGGUGUACUACGAGGCCUCGCCCAACUUCUGCGAACCCAACCCCGAGACCGGCUCGUUUGGCACGCGCGACCGCACGUGCAACGUGAGCUCGCAUGGCAUCGAUGGCUGCGACCUGCUGUGCUGCGGCCGAGGCCACAACGCGCGCACCGAACGGCGCCGCGAGAAGUGCCACUGCGUCUUCCACUGGUGCUGCUACGUGAGCUGCCAGGAGUGCGCGCGCGUCUACGACGUGCACACAUGCAAGUAGUGCGCCCGGCGCGGGGCUGUCCCGAAGGCGGCGGGGGGCGCAGCUGGAGUCCUGGGCGGGGACAGGGCUCCUCCCGGGAUGAGGGCGGGGUCUCUAGCUAGGGUCCUGGACGGGUUAGAGGCUCCUACGGGACAGGGACAGGGGUCCCCAGCUGGGGUCCUGGACAGGGGCAGGGCUCCUCCCAGGACGGGAGCGAGUCCCCAGCUGGGGUCCUGGACGGGGUAGGGUCUCCUCCCGGGACAGGGGCGGGAAUCCUCCCUGGACGGGGGCGGGGGUCCUCCUGACACGGGCGGGGCCCCCAAGUGGGGCACCCGGAUGGGGGCGGGGUCCGCCCUGAAAGCGCUGAUUUCUUCCUCGAUGGGGCGGGGCUCCUCUCUGGGGGCGGGCCUCCGGGUGGGGUUCCUGGAUAGGGGUGGGCUCCUCCCUAGUAGGGCGGGCGUGGCGGGAGGAGUAACUGUAUGGGGACCAUGUCCUUAGACUGGUUCUGAUUUCUUCCUUGAAUGGGGCGGGGCUUCUCCCUGGGGGCGGGGUUCCAGGACUGGGACUCCUGUAAGGGAGAGUCCCCUGUGGUAGGGCCCUGGGGUUCUACACGGAUGCGGGGCUUCUGGAUGGGGGGGCGGGGUUCCGUGGGUGGGGCUUCCGCGUGGGGAGGGGUCAUCUCUGGGGGCGGAGUGCCCAGCGGCGGUCCGCCUCCCCACCAGCACACCUGUGAGAUUUCAAGCCACUUGGCCUGCGCGGAGCAGAGACCUGGCAGGCUGGCCUAUCUCCUCCCAGCCCUUCUUCUGGGCCCUGUGAUCCAACCUCCAAGUCGGGUGCUCCGGGACAGUUAAGGGGUCUGGAGGCCUUGUGGCACCCCUCCGUCAGCCGGGCAUCUGCCGGAGCCCCAACCAGAAGCCCAACCAGACAGCCGUCACCCCGCCCAGCCCCAGGAACCUGGACGGGAUUGAACCAGUCCUGCCUGGGGAAAGCACGUGGGGCCUAGCCGCAGAGGGGCCUGGACCCAGAGGCCUGGCCCUGCCCCUGCUGCUGUGUGCCCUGGCCUCGGACCCCUGGGCCCUCUUCCUGUGGCGCAGCACCCCCCAGGCCCCACCCUCGGCUUGACCAGCCCAGAUCUCUACUUUGCCUCUGAUGGAAAGUCUCACCGCCUGGCCUGCCCUUCCCCUGCCUCAGAGGCUCACUUCGAUUUGGGUUGGGUUGUUGGGGACGGUUGGGAGGGUGAGUCCACACCCAUGCUGCGGGCGAAGGCCCCUCAGUCCCCAGAGGGGUGGUCACCAUCCCACCCCCUAUGGCCAGGACUGACCCCCCCCAGGCCUGCUGCUGUGGCUGUGGUGUCCAGGAGCCUCUGGCUGGUGGCUCCUCUCCUUCUGACUCAUCCACCCUGCCUGGGAACAGGAGGCGGAGGGACCUCCCCCGGGGGGCUGCCAGGCAGAGACCUCUGCUCCCCCAGCCUCUGCCACUGUGAAAUGUCUCCCAGCCCCGGCUGGAGGGCCCUCGCCCAGGCAGGGGGAGCAAACGGUGCGGCACCAUGACCUGCACACCUCUGGGGACACCACCUCCCUCGGCCUGGAAUUCUGCAUUUGUGAUUUUAAUGUUAUUUCCAAUGCUGCUACAGCCACCAUACACUGGAGCAAGACAAACAGCUGUGUUGUUGUUGUUUUCCUUUUCUUUCUAUGAAAGAAAUCAUUGCAGUCAUAGCUUGUGAGUUACAAACAAUUGGGGAGAAAGUAAAAAACAAACAAAGAAGAAACUAUGAAA